AUGAUUCCGAGGCCCAGCCCAACUGCAUCCGGGGAAGAGCUUUAUGAGCAGUGGUGGAGGAAGCCUGGCCUGUGCCAAAGAAGAGAAGGCAUUCUGGGAGUUGAAGGGACCGUCACACUUAGAAAGGAGCACCCAGCCUUUGUUCCUCCUCUGGGCCACAUGCUCUGGCGUCACUGCCAGGAAGCAAGCCUGCCUGCCUCCAAGGGGCAGUUUCCGACUGGAGCUGCCGUCGCUCCCCCGAUCACCGCUCCAUCUUCCCACCUCGUGAGUGUUCCUCCAGCCCUUCCCCACCUCUCCCACCACGUCCAUUUCAAAAGCUCACGUGGAGCCACCAGCUCAAAGCCCCGUGGCUUGGCCAGGGGGCAGAUGCCGGGGUGGAUUUUCCGCAAUGCUGUCACGCGGCAGGGGUACCCCCGGGUGGAGAGGCCAUGCCGGCUGCCUGGCAAGCAGUGA